CCCCCCCACGCGUUUUCCUCCCCCCGCAGCCGCUCAGCUCGCCGCCCAGCCCCGGAGCUGCAGCCCGGGCGGCACUCGCCCUCUAGCGGGGGCCAGGCGGCGGCGGUGCUGGCGGCUGGGCGUGACUUCAGCGCUGUCUUUAGCCCGCCUGCCGGGGGCACCGCGAGGCAGAGAGGGAGGCGAGCGAAGCGAAGCGCCGAGGCUGCAGGGCUGAGGCUGCGCAACAGGACGGAGAGCGGCGGGCUGGAGGAGGCGGGGACGGGACUCCCAGGCGAGGGCAGCGGCGGGACUCGGAGGGGGCUCCGCAACCCCCCCUUCCCCCGAAACAGGAAAACAGCGCCCCAGAGCCGGCCCCGCCCCGCCGCCGCACCCCGCCCGGCUCCAGCCUGCCCCCGGGAGCCGGCUGGCCGGGAGUGGGGCGCCUGCGAGCGCCCAGCUGCCUUGCACCUCGCGGAGCCGCGCGCGGAGCGGGGGAGACAUGGGGAAAGUUGGAACUUGCCUGCUGACUUUGGCUGGACUUUUGCUGGCAGCCGGAGCGGAGCCCUUCACAGGAGGUUGUUCCUUUGAUGAGCCAUUUAGCUCCUGUGGAUAUAGUCAAUCUGAUGAUGAUGAUCUUAACUGGGACCAGGUGAACACACUGUUAAAGCCCUCAUCUGAUCCAUGGAUGCCAUCAGGAUCUUUCAUGCUGGUGAACACUUCUGGGAGGUUUGCUGAACAAAGAGCUCACCUCCUGCUACCCCACCUAAAAGAAAAUGACACGCAUUGUAUCGAUUUCCAUUACUAUGUUUCAAGCAAGAGUGGGUCCAAUCCUGGUUCUCUGAAUGUUUAUGUGAAGGUCAAUAAUGGUCCGCUUGGUAACCCCAUCUGGAACAUGUCUGGAGCAGCUACUGGCACUUGGAACAGAGCAGAACUGGCAAUUAGCACCUUUUGGCCUAAUUUCUAUCAGGUUAUUUUUGAAGUAGUCACUUCAGGUCAUCAAGGAUACCUGGCUAUUGAUGAGGUGAAGGUUUUAGGACAUCCGUGCACCAAAACCCCCCAUUUCCUGCGUCUUCAGAGUGUGGAAGUCAAUGCCGGACAGUUUGCCACUUUUCAGUGCACUGCCAAUGGUAAAACAAAUUCAGGUGACCGGCUGUGGUUACAGGGCAUUUAUGUAAGGGAUGCACCUUUGAAGGACAUAAAGGUGUCUAAUGAUCGUCGAUUCGUAGCUCUUUUUAAUGUGGUGAAUGCUACAAAGCGAGAUGCUGGCAAUUACCGCUGCAUGAUUCGCACAGAAGGAGGAGCUGGAGUAUCAAGCUAUGCAGAACUGAUAGUCAAAGAGCCACCUGUUCCCAUUGCGCCACCUCAGUUGUCUUCAGUUGGUGCAACCUACUUAUGGAUACAGUUGAAUGCUAAUUCCAUCAAUGGGGAUGGGCCAAUCAUUGAGAGGGAGGUAGAGUAUCGCACUUCAAGUGGAAGCUGGUAUGACAGACAGCCAGUAGACUCCACAAGCUACAAAAUCGGGCACCUGGAUCCUGAUACAGAAUAUGAAAUCAGUGUGCUGCUUACAAGACCGGGUGAAGGAGGUACCGGAUCCCCAGGCCCAGCUCUCAAAACAAGGACAAAAUGUGCUGAUCCAAUGCGUGGGCCACGAAAACUAGAGGUUUUGGAGAUCAAAUCCCGGCAAAUCACUAUUCGUUGGGAGCCAUUUGGAUACAAUGUAACACGUUGCCAUCGAUAUAACCUCACGGUCCAUUACCGCUACCAAGCUGGAGGACAAGAGCAAGUCAGAGAGGAAGUAAGCUGGGAUACGGAAAGUUCACACCCGCAGCACACGAUUACCAAUCUGUCACCCUACACGAACGUCAGUGUAAAACUGGUUCUCAUGAAUCCGGAAGGACGAAAAGAAAGCCAAGAACUUGUAGUACAAACUGAUGAAGAUGUCCCAAGUGCUGUACCACUUGAAUCAAUCCAAGGAAGUACUUUUGAGGAGAAGAUUUUUCUUCAGUGGAGAGAGCCAGUGCAAACAUAUGGUGUGAUCACUUUGUAUGAGAUCACCUACAAGGCUGUCAGUUCCUUUGACCCAGAAAUAGAUUUAUCGAAUCAAAGUGGACGAGUUUUGAAGCUAGGAAAUGAAACUCAUUACCUUUUUUUUGGACUAUAUCCUGGGACCACCUAUUCUUUUACCAUUAGAGCCAGCACAGCCAAAGGAUUUGGACCUCCAAUCACAAACCAAUUCACAACUAAAAUCUCAGCACCAUCUAUGCCACCAUAUGAACUGGAAACACCUUUGAAUCAAACUGAAAGUACUGUGACAAUCCUGCUGAAACCUGCACAGAGCAGAGGAGCUCCUGUCAGUGUCUAUCAAAUAGUUGUUGAGGAAGAGCGCCCUCGCAGGACUAAAAAGACAACUGAAAUCCUGAAAUGCUACCCAGUGCCCAUUCACUUCCAGAAUGCUUCGCUUUUGAACUCUCAGUACUAUUUUGCUGCAGAGUUUCCAGCCAACAGUCUUCAAGCUGCUCAGCCUUUUACAAUUGGUGAUAACAGAACCUAUAGUGGUUUCUGGAAUACUCCUCUUCUACCUCAUAAAAGCUACAGCAUUUAUUUCCAAGCUGCUAGCAGAGCCAAUGGGGAAACCAAAAUUGACUGCGUCAGGGUGGCCACAAAAGCUGCGAUAAUCGUGACUCAGCUUACAACACCAUACAUUCGCAUCGCCCCUGCUGCAGGCGACGACCAGCUAACAGGAGCUGCUACUCGAAAACCAGACCCAGAGCCAGAGAAGGAGACAGACCAUACUGUUAAAAUCGCUGGAGUCAUUGCAGGCAUCUUGCUGUUCGUUAUUAUAUUUCUGGGGGUUGUGUUGGUAAUGAAGAAAAGAAGAAGCUAUCACUCCUACACUUAUUACCUAAAAUUGGCUAAAAAGCGGAAAGAGACAUUGAGUAGUACCCGGCAGGAAAUGACAGUGAUGGUGAAUUCAAUGGAUAAAAGCUACACUGAGCAAGGCACCAACUGUGACGAAGCUUUCUCUUUCAUGGACACGCACAAUCUAAAUGGAAGAUCUGUAUCCUCCCCCUCUUCAUUUACAAUGAAAACUAACACAUUGAGCACAACAGUGCCUAAUUCUUAUUACCCAGAUCCAUUUGUGCCAACUGCAAUUUUAGUGCCAAUAAAUGAUGAAACCCACACAAUGGCCAGUGACACAAGCAGCUUGGUCCAGUCACACACCUACAAGAAGCGAGACCCCGUAGAUGUGCCGUACCAGACCGGACAGCUUCAUCCAGCCAUCCGUGUGGCUGACUUGCUGCAGCAUAUCACGCAGAUGAAAUGCGCAGAGGGCUAUGGAUUCAAAGAGGAAUACGAGAGUUUCUUUGAAGGACAGUCUGCACCCUGGGACUCAGCUAAGAAAGAUGAGAACAGAAUGAAGAAUAGAUAUGGGAAUAUCAUUGCAUAUGAUCAUUCCCGAGUGAGACUGCAGCCCAUUGAAGGAGAAACAAACUCAGAUUACAUCAAUGGAAAUUAUAUUGAUGGUUAUCACAGGCCAAAUCACUACAUUGCUACCCAAGGACCAAUGCAGGAGACGAUAUAUGACUUCUGGAGAAUGGUGUGGCAUGAGAACACAGCCAGCAUAGUCAUGGUAACAAAUCUAGUGGAAGUAGGAAGGGUCAAAUGCUGCAAAUACUGGCCAGAUGACACAGAGAUAUAUAAAGACAUUAAAGUUACCCUAAUAGAAACAGAGCUCCUGGCUGAAUAUGUGAUUCGAACAUUUGCAGUAGAAAAGAGAGGUGCUCAUGAAAUCCGAGAAAUCAGGCAGUUUCACUUCACAGGCUGGCCAGACCAUGGUGUACCAUACCAUGCAACAGGACUGCUGGGAUUUGUACGGCAGGUGAAGUCUAAGAGCCCACCUAAUGCCGGCCCACUGGUUGUACACUGCAGCGCUGGUGCUGGUAGAACUGGAUGCUUCAUUGUCAUUGACAUCAUGCUAGAUAUGGCAGAAAGAGAAGGUGUCGUAGAUAUAUACAACUGUGUCAGGGAGCUUCGAUCUCGAAGAGUUAACAUGGUGCAAACUGAGGAGCAGUACGUAUUUAUCCACGAUGCAAUACUGGAAGCCUGUCUUUGUGGAGAUACUUCUAUUCCAGCUUCUCAAGUUAGGUCUGUGUACUAUGAAAUGAAUAAACUGGAUCCUCAGACUAACUCAAGUCAGAUCAAAGAAGAAUUUAGGACUCUAAACAUGGUGACUCCAACACUGCGUGUAGAAGAUUGCAGUAUAGCACUUUUGCCCCGUAAUCAUGAAAAGAAUCGCUGUAUGGAUGUUCUGCCUCCAGAUAGAUGCCUGCCUUUCCUCAUAACAAUAGAUGGGGAGAGCAGUAACUACAUUAACGCCGCACUGAUGGAUAGCUAUAAGCAACCCUCCGCUUUUAUAGUUACCCAGCAUCCUUUACCAAAUACCGUCAAAGAUUUCUGGAGGCUGGUCCUAGACUACCAUUGCACAUCAAUCGUUAUGCUGAAUGAUGUGGAUCCAGCACAAUUGUGUCCCCAGUACUGGCCAGAAAAUGGGGUGCAUCGACAUGGUCCCAUUCAGGUGGAAUUUGUAUCAGCUGAUUUAGAAGAAGACAUAAUCAGCCGGAUAUUCCGAAUUUAUAAUGCAGCAAGACCCCAAGAUGGGUAUCGAAUGGUGCAACAGUUUCAGUUCCUGGGAUGGCCCAUGUACAGAGAUACUCCAGUGUCCAAACGUUCCUUCUUGAAACAAAUACGUCAGGUGGAGAAAUGGCAGGAAGAAUACAAUGGAGGAGAAGGACGUACAGUCGUACAUUGUUUAAACGGAGGUGGCCGCAGUGGGACAUUUUGUGCAAUCAGCAUUGUUUGUGAAAUGCUUCGGCACCAGAGGGCAGUUGAUGUAUUCCAUGCUGUGAAGACACUGAGAAAUAAUAAGCCUAACAUGGUGGACCUUCUGGAUCAAUACAAAUUCUGCUAUGAAGUGGCUUUGGAAUACUUGAAUUCUGGCUGAUCGCACAAACAGCAGUGAGAAAGCUCCUCUCACCGCCACAAACAAAGCAAGUUGUUUCAUGAUAUUUGUGUAUAUGAGAUGAAGACUUCUCAGUGUUAUGCUUCUAUUGCUUUGUAUAAUUGGCUCUUUUUAAGAGCUGGAGAAACUGUUUAUAAAAACUGCUUGCACUGCCCAAUUUCCACUGUAAUGCCGCUGCUUGACACACAUACAAACACACACACAAACACAUGGUGGUUGUUGGAUGCUGCAUUUAUGCAAAACCAUCAACUUGGUAGAGCAGCAUAGUCAUCUGGUAAAUUAAAGAGCACAAUUAUAUUCUUAUGAAGGAAUUUGUAUUUUUCUGUUAUAUUUUGUUGCCUGUGAUCCUCUGUUAUCGUCACAGCCUAGUGUACAUUUCUGUUUUGUGGAGAAUGCUGUCUAACAUUCUGAUAAUAUAUUAUUUUAGUUAUAUUUGUAUUCUAACACAUGCAUAUUAAAUGAGGCAUAUGUAGCUUAUUUGAACUAAUGGAUACACAUGUAACAAACACCAUUAACUUUGUUGAGUUGCAGUUUCUGUCCAGUUUGUAUCAUUUCAGAGGCAGUCUUGAUAGAAAUACAGUUAGAACAUGCAAAAUACAGGAUGCUCAGAUUAAUAUAUCCAAAGCUUUUUUCAUUUGUCUAUAUUGUAAAUAUUUUUUGAUUUCAUCAAAUUAUUUAUUCAUUAAAAGAAAUUUUUUGUGAAGCACGAUGAGUGACAAUCAUUUUUAUUAAGCCCUGGAAAUGCUUACUGUAUGAUAUUAUAAACAUCUGUUUACCUUCUAUGGAU